UUGAACGCCUCCAGGUGUGAGGCGAAGAUGCGUGAUGAAGAUUGUUUUGCUCUCUUCGCCUGUUGAAUUCCCAACAUUUUUUUUUCAUCAAUGUCACUCUUGUGCGACUAGUUUGCUUUGCGUCACGCUCGCAUUAUCCUUUGUGCGCGCGCGUGUGUGUACGUCCUUGUCAGCGUGAGACUGAAAAAGCUUCCAGUUGUCUUUUACGGACAAUAGUCGGGAGACGUCUGACAUACUUUCACGUUAUGUCAGUGAAUUGCAAUCUUGUGGUUUAAACUCGAUUAGUCAGUCAGCCAAUAUUUGUCCUCUGCUGUGCCCGAAGGCAAAAUCAAACCUGAUUGCUCUGUUUUUUCGCUUCAAUUGACGAAAACGCAUUAUCACCGGUCUCUUUGUGGUUUCCUUGACAUGUGUGUAGGAGGUUACAAAAAAAAAAAAAUCACGGUGGCCGUUCACAGUGCUGCGUGACUGUCGAGUAGUCAUGUGGAAUGUCAACAAUAAGUCAGUCGCCAGGCCGCACUUCUUCUGGUUCUUCCUGUUUGAUCGUGUCUAUGUGUGUGUGACCACCUGAAACUAAUUCUGUGUCUUUUUUUGUGGACGACACGUGUGUCGGGUUAUCUCAAAUACACAAGGACACGCCUUGGCAUCGACCCGUCGCCUCUGCCACACUUUUUUAAUUUUAUUUUUUUUGCUGUUGACUUCCUGUCAUGUGGCAGCCAUUUUAUGAUGGUUGUGUGACAUGGGAGAGAUUUUGUGUGAGUGCGACUGCGUGACACCUAUUUGGGAAAUAGUUUAGCAUUGCGGGAAGUGAAUGUUGGCGACCAUUGCUGUCUGCAACACACACACACGCACGCACGCACGCACACACGCACAGGUAGACCGACCACAAUCCGUCCCCACUGUCCUCUCAUUGGCUGUCAGGCAAGCUCCAGACAGCCCGUCGGGCCAAUGGCGCUUCCUCUUUGCCAAGUCAGGUUUCUCUCCUCCGCAUGCCGCACUGGUCCGCUUGACUGCCUGACACGGCGUGUGUCAGUCUGUCUGUCUGUCUCCGUGUGUGUGCGUGUGUGUAGCCACACGGGCUUGCAUUCUCGAGUGGCAGGGGAGCACAGUAGGUGAGGAUAAGGAUGGGCUUUACCGUUGCUGGCUCAGGUGAGCCUCGGGCUCCCAGCUGAGCGUUAGCCAUGUUGGGUGAAACCCAGGCGACCACCAGCACGCUGCAACUGGUCGCUAGCGACAUGAGCGGCAUCAUGGAGACGCUGGACGCCCGCGAACUCGACAUGGGCGACGGCGGAGUUCACAACGAUGACGGCGGACAGCCAGGGGACGGGUUGCCCUUCCGAGCGAUAUACAACAUGGUCGGCUUCAAGGACUGCAAGUCGGCCUUCCUGUCCCGUCCCAUCACCGCCAAGAUCCUGGAGGUGGAACGCUUCACGUCGGCCCAGGACCGCUUCAACAUCAGCCAGCAGAGGAGCGUCAGCAAGUCCAUGCCGGCGGUGUACAAGAUCGAGAUGAAACACGGCGAGUACACGUGGUUGGUGAAGAAGAAGGAGAAGCACUUCCAGGAUCUCCACAGGGACUUGAAGACUUACAAGGCCGUCCUCAAUCUGCCGCUGCCCACGCGCAGUCACACCAUCAGGAGGCAGACGGGUGGGGAGGGGAGGGAGAUCCCCACCCUGCCCAGAGGAAGAGGAGACGACCUGGUUAGGGAGGAGCAAGUGUCCAGCCGCAAGAAACAACUGGAAGAUUACCUCAACAAGCUCCUCAAAAUGCCGACAUAUCGUAACUACCAUGCCAUGAUGGAGUUCAUUGAAGUCAGCCAGCUGUCAUUCAUCCAUGAUCUGGGUCCGAAAGGCUUAGAAGGCAUGGUUCUAAAGCGGUCUGGCGGUCAUCGGAUCCCGGGACUCAACUGCUGCGGUCGCACCAAAAUGUGUUACCGCUGGUCCAAACGGUGGCUGGUGGUGAAGGACUCGUUCCUGCUGUACAUGAAACCCGACUCGGGCGCCAUUUCCUUCGUGAUGUUGUUCGACAAGGAAUUUAGUGUCAAGAUGGACUCGAAAGACACGGACACACAGCACGGCGUGCGCGUUGACAGCCUGUCCAGGUGCUUAGUGCUGAAGUGCAGCAGCUUCCGGCACGCCCGCUGGUGGGGGCAGGCCAUCGAGGGCUUCGUAUACAAACACGGCGCCGCCUUCCUCACCGACCAUCGCUUCGGCUCUUUCGCCAGGCAGGAGGAGAACAUCCCCGCCAAAUGGUACGUGAAUGGGAAGACAUACAUGGAAGAUUUGGCCAAUGCUCUUGAGGAGGCCAAAGAAGACAUUUUCAUCACCGACUGGUGGUUAAGUCCUGAGAUCUUCCUGAAGCGGCCCAUCGUGGAGGGCAACCGCUGGCGUUUGGACCACCUGCUGCGGCGUAAAGCGCUUCAAGGCGUACACAUCUACGUCAUGCUGUACAAGGAAGUGGAGCUGGCGCUGGGUAUCAACUCGGGAUACAGCAAGCAGACGCUACGCCACCUUCACCCCAACAUCAAGGUGAUGCGUCACCCUGACCACGUGUCAUCCGCCGUGUACCUGUGGGCUCAUCACGAGAAGAUAGUGGUCAUCGAUCAAUCGGUGGCCUUCGUGGGCGGGAUCGACAUGGCGUACGGUCGCUGGGACGACCAAGAACACAGGCUCACCGACGUGGGGAGUGUCACUUUCUCGCAAACGGAGCAGGUUGAGGCAUCAUACACCAACGUGGCCACCGUAGCCAACGGCAAGGGCGACGGCAGCUACGGGAACGCCGCCUUUUCAGCAGACGACACGGUGGUGCAACCGAAGAUCAAAGGUCAAAGCAGAAUGCGGAGGGCCAAAAUGAGCAUCAAGCGCCACCUGCAGAAGCACGGGUUGGUCCACGCCGACAGCGAUGAUGAACUUGACCCAGACGCGACAGAAAGCGAGGCGGAGCGGAACAUGCAGUCGUGCGAAGAUGACUUGUGCGGGAACACGCGCUUCUGGCACGGCAAAGAUUACUGCAACUUUGUGCACAAGGACUGGAUCGAACUGGACAAACCUUUUGAUGAUUUCAUCGACCGUCACGUGACGCCCAGGAUGCCCUGGCACGACAUCUCGUCGGUGGUUCACGGCAAAGCGGCGCGUGACGUGGCCAGACACUUCAUCCAGCGAUGGAAUUUCACCAAGAUUGUGAAGCCGAAAUAUCGUUUGUUGUCCUUCCCCUACCUUCUGCCCAAGUCGCACACCACCGCUGGCCAUCAGCGCUACCAAGUCCCCGGAUGCGUCAACACCAAAGUUCAGAUCCUUCGCUCAGCAUCUGACUGGUCGGCCGGCAUCAAGUACCACGAAGAGUCCAUCCACAACGCAUACGUGCAGGUCAUCGAGAAGAGCCAGCAUUUCAUCUACAUCGAGAAUCAGUUCUUCAUCAGCUGUGCAGACAACAGACACGUUUUCAACAAGAUUGGAGACGCCAUCGCCGAACGAAUCAUCAAAGCACACAGGGAAGGUAAAAAGUACCGCGUGUACGUGGUCACGCCUCUGCUGCCAGGCUUUGAAGGUGAUAUCCGCACCGGGGGAGGAAGCGCCAUCCAGGCCAUCAUGCACUUUAACUACAGGACCAUGAACAGAGGCGACCACUCCAUCAUCUCCCAGCUCAAAAGAGAAAUGGACGACCAGUGGAUGAACUACAUCUCCAUCGCCGGCCUUAGGACGCACGCUGAGCUCGAGGGGAAACUGGUCACCGAGCUCAUCUACGUGCACAGCAAGAUGCUCAUCGCCGACGACAACACCGUCAUCAUCGGCUCGGCCAACAUCAACGACCGCAGCAUGCUGGGAAAGCGGGACAGCGAAGUGGCCGUGAUCGUGGAGGACUCGGAGACGGUGACGUCCGUCAUGGACGGGCUGAAGUACCAGGCGGGACGCUUCGCACUGCACCUUCGCCUCGAGUGCUUCAAGAUGAUUUUGGGCGCUCACACCGAUGCCAGCAUCGACGUGUCGGACCCCAUCAGCGAUCAGUUCUACAAGGAGGUCUGGAUGACCACAUGCGCCCGCAACGCGACCAUCUACCAGAAGGUGUUCCGCUGCCUCCCGUCCAGCGACGUGCGCAACAUCCUCGAGCUGGAGGGCUACCUGAGCAAGCCGGGCCUGGACCAGGAAGACCCAGCCCGAGCCCAAGAGGAGCUCAAGAAGAUCCGUGGCUUCGUGGUGCAGUUCCCUCUGCAGUUCCUCGCCGAGCAGAACCUCCUCCCUCCCAUCGGCUCCAAGGAGGCCAUGAUGCCCAUGGAGGUUUGGACCUGAGCCCCUUCCGGACGAACCCGCGGGACCUUUCCCUUUCCUCUGUCUCCUUCCAACAAACCUCAAGAACUGAAAAGAGUGACGACAGUAGAUGUAACUCGCGGCUCCUCGCCCCGCCUCGCAUGCUCCCAAAGUGCCAAACGGGCACCGACUGUUAAGCCGGCCCACAGGAAGUCGUUUGGUCUCUGGGUGAAAAAAAAAAAACGUUCCGCCGGUCACUUUAAAUCGGACGCGAUGUCCUCGUCACGGGAAGCGUCCCGUGUGGCUGUGCUAACUGGCUCAGGCUGCUACGAGCCCAUCCCACAGCGAUGUCAUCCCAGCAUGUGUGAUGUCAUCAAUGCGUGACGAGCAUGUUGUUGUUUGUUCUCGCCGUGUUUGUCUUCUGGAUGGCUCACACCAAGGUGGAAUCUUCACCUUCCCCGCUACUUUCUUGACUUCUCCCCCUUCUACUUUUCAUCCUUGUCCUCAUUAUUUCCUGUCUUCGUCCUUGUCCUCUUUCUUCUCACUCUAUAUUCCUCUUCAUCCUCCUGGUCCCCCUCUUCUCUAAUUCUUCUCCUCCCUCGCUUUUCUUCUUUCCCCUCUUCCUUUUCCUCACUCUGCUUCUCCUUGUUCUCCUCUUCCUCAUUUUCCUCUCCUUGUUAUUCUUGUUCUCCUUUUUUCUCUCUCUCUCUCUCUUACUCCUCCUCGCCUUUUUUUUCUACCUCACAGCGAUUCCGCCUUAUUUGUAACAAUCUUUGCCACCCUCAAGUUGCCUUGAAACACGGAAAUGUUCCCAGGAAGCGAGCGUUGUUGCCGUCCUGCAUGUCGCGUCUGUGUGUGUCCUCCAACCAAAUGCACUAUUUUGCACAGAUUCCUCGUGUCAUCGUCGUCGUGACGAGUGUCUGGAUGUCUCCUUGUGCUCCUUCAAAUAAAUAAUGCACAUGUGAAAAAAAA